AUGGAGCUUCUCAAGAUCUUGGCCAUGGCCCAGAGCCUCCUCGGCUUAGCGAUGGCUCGCGCCAUGGCCCAGACGGGAACUGGGACUCAGACCUUCACCCCUGCCACCGACCUGAAGCUCCCGUACAGCCUCGAGGCAGCCUCGGCCAUGGUCAGCGUCGUCAUGAAGAAACCCUCCAUCGUGCUGGAAAACCUGCCCUCGCUCAGCGACGUCAAGUGCGCCGACGGCAACGUCGUCCUGUCGUUCGGCAAUGCCGAAGCAGCACGCUCUGCCAAGGAGGCCUGGCCCAGCUCCGGCGACUUCAUCAUCGUCAUGGACGAAACUCCCGGCACCUGCAGUGGCGAUAGAGAGCGCGGCUUCUUCCUGCUCGGGGCGCUCGUUCAUGAUGAGGACAAGUUUACAAUCACGGCCGCCGCCCAGAAGCGUGACCCCAAGGAUGAAGUUGAGGAUGCAGUCAUUCACUUUACCCGAAUCACCGAGGUCACUGCCGCGGAACACCACGAACUCGUGGCCAGAGGCGGGAGAAAGACGCUACACAUGGGCCCCAAAACUUUCAAACUGGACAUGUCAAACAAGACACUCAUCAACACCAAGCCGCUAUACAUACAUUCGGAUCGCGCCUCCUUUACCAGCACCGUGCAGAUUGAAGGCCACGUCCAUUUCAACCUGGCCAAAAUGAAGUUGAAAGAGUUCAACAUUCAAGUGGAGCUCGACUACGACCUUGACCUGAACGUAACUACACGCAUCAACAGCCGCCUGGGAAUCGACGUCUUUACCUACAGUCCGCUCGUGGCCGCCCUCUAUGGUAUACGCAUCCCGGGAAUCCUCUCCGUCGGUCCCCGGGCCGCUUUAUCGCUGGGGAUCGAAGUGGCAGCCGAAGGCCCCGUCAACAUCACGUCCGUCUACCGCUCAACCAUGAAGGGCGCCAUAGCGCGUUUGGACCUGCUCGAUAAGCACGGUAGCAAGGCCGAGGGCUGGAAACCCAAGACCAACGGGUCGGUGGACGUUUCGACGCGGUUGCAGCUGCAAAUCAACCCCUUUGUGGACCUGACCGUGGAGUUUGCCAUCCGGAUGUUUGGGGGCCUGAUCGAUUUGGGAUCCGGAAUCUCGGUGCGUCCGACGCUGGUCAAUGCCUACGUGAUCGGGUCAAACUUUACCCAGAACAGCACGGGGAUCCAAUUGAGCGGGCCAGAGUGUCCCAAUUCGGCACCGAGGGGCUCCUGCUGUCUCAACUCGGCGUGGUACGAGAGCAGGUUCUGGUUCAUAGUCAGGGCCUUUGUGACCCGUUUCUACUUCAUACCGUUGUACCAGUUCAACGUGCCCAUCUACAAGAGCCAGUGCUGGCCUUUGAAGGAGGGUUACCUGCCUAUGGCGGUGUCGGCCAAUGCGUCGACCAGCGGGAAUUGGACGGGCUCCUUCUGCGGGAUCUAA